ACGCCCUUCUAGUGACGUCAUAGCUACGCGUCCCAGGCCAGUUCCACUUCUCACAUCGGUCCUUUGUUAAUAAUCUGCAGUUUUCAGUAAACACGACGGAAUUUCGACCAUUUUAAAGAUGAGCAGUGAAAAAUACCCGAGGUCGUCGAUUGAAGAUGACUUCAACUAUGGCACAAAUGUUGCCACUGCCAGUGUCCAAAUACGUAUGGACUUCCUGCGGAAGGUAUACACCCUCCUGAGCUUGCAGAUCAUUCUGACGACGGGCACGUCUGCCCUUUUUAUGUUCUCUCAGACCAUCAAGGAGUUUGUCCAUGCCAGCCCUGCUGUUGUUUUGGUUUCUGCUCUGGGCUCUCUGGUCCUGCUUCUGGCCUUGGCCGUGUACCGACACAAGCAUCCAGUCAACCUCUACCUGCUGCUUGUAUUUACUUUACUGGAGGCGAUCUCUGUUGCCACAGCUUUGACUUUCUACGAGUACUCCACUGUGCUCCAAGCCUUGUUCCUGACCUGCGCCGUGUUCGCCGCACUGACCGCCUACACCUUCCAGUCCAAGAGAGAUUUCACCAAACUGGGAGCAGCGCUUUUUACCUGCUUGUGGAUCCUCCUAAUUGCAAGUGUUAUGAGGGUGUUUUUCAACAGCGACAGCACCGAGCUGCUGUUCGCCGGGACCGGGGCACUCGUCUUCUGUGGCUUCAUCAUCUACGACACCCACCUGCUGAUGAAGCAGCUCUCCCCCGAGGAGCACAUCCUGGCCUCCAUCAACCUCUACCUGGACAUCGUCAACCUCUUCCUUCACAUUUUGCGUAUCCUGGACUCGAUGAAGAAGCACUAAAAAGGCCGGUGUCCAUUUUAAAAGCUUGAAUUGAAUUGAUUGAUUUUGGUUUUAACACGAUGGGCAGCUGUACUGACAGUUAAUUCUUUACGUUCUUUUUACACUCUCUAAAUUUGGCUCAGAGUUACUGGUAAAAUGUUAUAAAUUAAAAGUAAAUCUAUUCUGAAGGGAUCAAAAUGCUUUAAUGCUGUAAUGUGACGUAAUCCGUGGGAUGCAAUGUCUUUACGUUCAUGCCUGUUUUGAAACUACAUUUGAUUUAAUGGCUCUUGAAAGAUUUGAAUAAGUACCAUCUGUAUAUGUGCAAUCUUCAACAUGUGAUACCUGUGCAGGUUGAUCAGAUUCAGUUGUUCACUUUCACUACUGUGUUAACAAUGUUUUCUUAAGUCUGAAUUCUUGUUUGGCCUUUGUGCUUUUUUCGUAACUUAAUUUCCCCACUGUGGGGCGUAUAAACGAUGAUCUUAAAUGUCAAACCAAACAAAAACUCGACACUUUUGUUUUUAACACAACUGCACGUGCAAUUCUGUGGAUCAAAACCAUAACUAAUGGAAUUCACUCGUAUGUGGUCACAGAUGACAUUGAUGCAUUUCAGUCGCUUUAUUGCCACGCACCUUCAUGCAAAGCUGCUAACCGCUACAACUCAAGCAAGUCACUCACAUGCAGAAUCCAUGACAAGCCAGCGUUUAACUUAAGUUAAAAUGUCCCUUUGCAUUUUCAUCUUUACUGAUGUCACAACCUCCGAUUAAAAGGCCCACACUCCGAGUUAGAGAUCUUACAAUAAGAUCUAUCCUGUGGCAGAAUUUCUGCAAAAAUUUAAAUUUUAGGUCGAUCAAUGUUCCUUCUUCAGUAAUGAUGAAACUCUGCGUUUAUUUUGUAAUUUAAAUGCACAUUAUAUGUUACUGUAUUUUGUUUUCAUUCCUUCAAGAAUCCCCGUUUUGAUUUUCGGACUAACUUCAUUUGUAUGUGUUAUCAUCUUUGAAUGUAUGUAAAUUCCACUGAACAAUAAAGUAUUUAAAAAGAAAA